UGUAUCCUUGCCCAUCCAACGCUCGCGCAGCAGGUCAUGUUUUCCACGCGAGGGAAGGACGGUUUCGCACGUGUUUGGUAUGUGGCCUCGAUGAUGAUGCUCUUGACCGGCGACAGCUGCCGCGCGACAAAGCACCUUUCGCCUUUUGGCGGCAAGGUGGCGCCAAGCGUACAGCACCGAGAGCUUCAAGACAGCUGCGGAGUCUGUGGUACUGAGAUAGUCUUGGAGGAUGAUGACGCGGAGAUGAGCUGCACGAUAUGCAACGAAGUACUCAUUGCUUGCAUGGAAGACUACGGGGAAUCAGAAACCGGUUCCGGUGGCUUUGGCGUUUGUCAUCCGUGCGGCGACCUCUCUGUGGAUGAAGUGAUCCUCUUCUACGAGGGCAUCUGCGGCGACCCUCUCAGCUCAAUCACACAAGAUUAUAUAUCGGGCUGCCUCUACUACUUGGUACCACCGGAGUGCCCCAGCGACGUGACUACGUCUGACGACGACUACACGACUGAAUCUAGCGAUGAUUACUCGACGGACGACGACUACACGACUGAAUCUAGCGAUGAUUACUCGACGGACGACGACUACACGACUGAAUCUAGCGAUGAUUACUCGACGGACGACGACUACACGACUGAAUCUAGCGAUGAUUACUCGACGGACGACGACUACACGACUGAAUCUAGCGAUGAUUACUCGACGGACGACGACUACACGACUGAAUCUAGCGAUGAUUACUCGACGGACGACGACUACACGACUGAAUCUAGCGAUGAUUACUCGACGGAUGACGACUACACGAUUGAAUCUAGCGAUGAUUACUCGACGUACGACGACUCGAAUGCUUCGCUUAUCCCUAGCUCUUCCACCGACGACGAUCCGAGCACGCCGCCUACGACCACCGAAGGCAACGGUGUCAGGGUUCGCGCGUGCGGGAGCGUCGGCGCCUUGGCGGUUGCCGUGGUCAAUGUUGUAUUCUUGUUGGCUGAGUCGCGCUGAAGGCUUGAAUCUCGAUUUCUACAGGAGCAAUAGUCUAGCUGAAUUGAGGCUGUCGUUAGGUUCGGUAUUCAUGUGCAGCCCAUGUAGCUUAUUUCUCUUGUUUCACACGGGGCAGUUGGAAAAUCGGUUAAAGCUUUGCUCAUUUCUGAUGCCCGCUGCCGCCGUUCCUGUGUCAUUUGGAGUUGUAGGAGGCCGAUCUGCAGUCUACAGCUUUCUAUGUUAGGGAGGAGGGGGGGGGGGGCAACGUCUUCUUUCGAGCGAAACCAGCGUCGUCGACUGACUGACUGACGUCGAUUGCAUUCCAAGGUGGUGGCCUUGAAGCUAAGAAUCGUUUUAGAUUGACUGUUGGUUUUUGGGCAGCAGCAUCGUUCUCGACGUUCAGACAAUAGGAAUCUACAUUUAUGUUCGAAAAGUCUUGGUGUGCUGGAUGGCGGAGAAUUUGGGGUAUAUCGAGGCCCCUCGAUUCUCCGCAUGGCGUGCUAAUCUGGAUUUUCGUUAACAGGCUAAUGUGACACAUCGGACCACCUCUGUCUACCGAAACGAGUCAAAGGUAGAAUAACGAGGAUUCCUUGCGGAGGCUGCCUGUAUUUCCACGAUUGAUUCCGGAAAGAGUUCAGACAAAUCUAGCAAAAAAUGAAUCAAGAGAAAAGAAAUGGCGGAAAAAACAACUUUUCUUAUUUGGGGCCCUCCCGGGGUGUGUGUGGGGGGUACGUAGGUGUUCGAAGACCAACC